AAGCAUAACACGACCACGUGGGUAACGAAGUUUGAAGUGAUGUUAAAAGUCGUAUAGCGUUUUUAUUAACACUGUAGUUAGCUAUUUACAGAGUCUUCUUAAAUUUACGAAACCGGGUUUUAGCUUUAUAGUGAAUAUGGUACACAUUUCUACUAUGUAAUAAAACUGUCGAUUGUCUUGCAUCAUAUUGAUCAGUGAUACAAUGGAAAUUGUACCAUGUGACACGACUAGAAAUAAUCAUCAAUCUGAACUAGAAAACAUAAAGAUGAAUAAUGCUGGUGAAGAAGAAGCCAUUAUAAGUGAUGUUGAAGGUCAAGGAGAAACUACAUCAACAGCUGAAUCUUCUACUGAGCUGUCAGUCGAGUUUGAUCUCCAUGGUGAUAAAUUCAAACAAUGUGGCACUGGAAAUACCAGCAAUGAUUGUGUCACUUCAGGUUGUGGUAAUGAUGAAGACAGUGUCAAUGUAAGCCAGAUUGUUGAGUCGUCUGCUCAAACUCAAACUGAGACAAAGUCAGCGCUGUGUUCUCUUGUCCUGACAGACGUGGUGACUCAGUCUGUGGUCGAGUCAGACGUCCGUUCUGAUGCAACACUGAGUGAAGUAAAAACUUCACCUGUGUCUAAAACCGACGUAUAUCUACAUCAGACACCACACAGUGAUAGUGCAAUACCAAGGGAUUGUAUGGAUGACACAAAAAUACAGUUUGUAGAUGACUCCAAUGGUUGUAGUAAUGAAACCAAAACUUUGUCUGUUUGUAAGACAGAUGCAAGUUUAAAUGCAACAUCAGAAGGUAUUGCUAAAGAACCAAGUAAUUGUGUCAGUGAAUUAAAAACUUCUCCUGUUUGUAUGACAGACAUGUCAGCACCAGAAGGCUGUGUUGAAAAGUCAAAUACUUGUAAUAAUGAAGAAAAGGUGGGUCACAUUGAGAUGCAUUUAAGUGCAACACCAGGUGAUGUUGGUGAAGAUCCAAGUGAAGUAAAGACGCUGUGUAUAGGUGAGGUGCACAGGUCUUUAGAUGCACCAUCAGAACGUCCUGCUGCAAAACCAAGUGACCGUGUUGAUGAAUCAGAAAUGUCUUCUGUUCAGAAGACCGAUGUGUGUUUAGAUUCAGCACCAGGUGUUGUUACAGAACCAAGAGACUGUGCGGGUGAAGUUGAAACUGAACAGACCAUGGCCGUGAUUUGUGUGGACAAUGCUGUCACCAUGGAGAUGAUGCCUCCACAGCACAGCAUGUGUCACUCAAUGAAAUACCGCGGUGGGUCCGAUUCAUCGUCCGAUUCCACCAGCGAUGAGACGGAUCUCUCCGAAAAUGAAGAUGGCAGUUCAAAGAAAAGAUCACCUUCAGAAAGUACGAAGACACCCAGGUUUACUGCGCCAUCCCUUGAAGAUAUUAGAACCCGGGGAGAACUAUUUCCCGAGGAUCUGCCAGCUAUUGGUGAACUCAAGAUAAGUGUUGAUGAAAGUGUUCAGAUGGUUCCUGUCGGCAAGGUGACAUCGUCUGUUCGUGUUCUAGUUGUGAUAGAACCUGACAAAGAGCUGCCCGUUUUGGAUGAGGACACAGUGUUGUUCACAAAGGACCGGAAACCUUUCGGACAGAUUUUCGAAGUGUUUGGUCCCGUGGCCUCCCCGUUCUACUCUGUGAGGUUCAACUCGGCCGAGGAGAUCGAGACGAAGGGAAUACAGCCUGGAGAUGUCGUGUACUACGCGCCAACAGUGGAGCAAUUCACACACUACGUCUUUGUCGAAAGACUCAAAAAGAUAAAGGGAUCUGAUGCAUCAUGGGAAAACAACAAUGAACCACCAGAGUGGUAUGAGGAAUAUUCCGAUGACGAGAAUGAGAAACACACGUCUCGGACUCGCAAACACUCGGGAGAGAAGGCUGACGAAUCCAUGGACUGUCUCCCGGGCGCCAUUAAACCAGUCCGACCAGGAAAGAGAAAACCGAACCGCAGCGAAAAGAAGUCUGCAUCAAGAGAGACUAAAGGUCCAGGGAAAAGAGCACAUGAUGGUCACAAACCUCUGACAUCCUGGCCACCAAGCAUCUCCGACAAACACGGCUACAGAGCCCUGCCCCCAGCACCCCCACGCCCAUUCAGACCGUUUGGACAGCAAAACAUAUACUCGCCCAAACCUUACGUCUCACCAUCAAACUCCAACAACUCAAGUAUUCCACGACAAGCAGCACCUUCCGGCCAGUUCCAAGGUCGAUUUGCCCCUCCUGAACAAUCAGCACCACGUCCCCCAUUCAGUCCAUUUGGACAGCAAAAUGCAUUCACACCCAGACCAUUUGUUUCACCAUCUAACUUCAACAAUUCAAAUGCCCAGCAACAAGCACCACCAUCCAAUCAGUUCCAAGGCCGAUUCCCCCCUCCUGGUCCACCACUGAGACCUGGUAUGCAGGGUUUUCCUCCCCCACAACACUGUCCUGGUGUUGAGAUGAACCAGCAUCGACAACAGCAGCAGCAGUCAAACAGCUUCCAAUCUACGGAGUCUCGGCCACAGCCUCCUGGCUUUCAUCCCGUGGACUUCCGUCCUCCAGUGCAGCACCCUGGUUGUCCUGCCAUGGAGAAUCGUCCUCAUCCACAUCAUCAACCUCCUAGUCCGUUUGAAAUGAACCAGCAGAGAGAUGGUCCACAGUCCAUGGAGAAUCAUCUUCAUCCAAAUCAGCAAUCUCCUAGACCUUUUGAGAUAAACCAACAAAGAGAUGGUCCCCAGUUUAUGGGGCAGAACUGGUCAAACGGGCAAAACAAUUCUCCAGGUUGUCCUGGGUUUGGUGACUCUGGAUCAAGGAAUCCUCCACCUCAGUGGAAUCAACCUCCAGAUGUUUCAAGCCAGAAUCAUCAGAAUGAAUUUCAGAGUCAUGAUUCCUGGAGAAAUCAGUUUCCACAAGCUCCAUAUCAGAAUCAACCACAUGGUGUUGUGGAUUCUAGGUUAAUGCAAAACUGGAAUGAUGGUGGCCCAAACUUUGAGAGACAAUCUGCGUUUGGAGGUAGACCACGCUUUGAAGCUGGACCCAUCAACUCAAACGGGCAGAUGUCUUCUCAGUUUCAGAAUGGUAGACCUCCGUAUACUGGAAAUAAUCACUGAAUAGGUCUGGGACUGUUAAAGUCAGCUCAUACUGAAAGUGGUUUUUCUUUUAGCCAGUUUGAGUCUUUUCAGUCCUCUAUAUACUGAAAAUAAUAACUGAACAAGAUACCAAUAGAAAGAAAUAAGGGAACACAUUAUAUUUGAGACUAAAUUUAGUUCACUACUUGAGAAAUUAUGCCUGUAUAUAGUACCGAGAUAAUUUGUGGGAUUGAUGACAGUAACCGGGUUAACUUCCUAAUACUGUGGAUAAGUGCUUUGGUUGCAGUCAGUGUUUGCUGUUACUAGGUACUUCUCAGUUUUCGCUAGGGAUUUACCAACUAUGUGUUGUUAAUGAGACUGUGGUUUGGAUGUUUCAUACAUCACCAUAGCAAUACAUGAUGACAAUUAGAUAUGACAUGGAUCAAACACAAGAUCAAUGUUUUGCCAGAUAUCUCGAAGGAAAGUUGUGUUGUAUAUUUAUGUGUUCUCUUAUUUAUUUCCAUACAUGUAUACAUUUGGCAUUAUAAAAGUCGAUUCAUUUUAACAAUGAUUUGUUUUGGCCAAUUUAAGACAUGCGAAAUAUUUUCUUGGAAAAAUGUUGUUAAGAGAUUUUAAACAAUAUGCCACUUUGUAAGCUGAGUCGGUCUGUAUGAAGGUUUGCAGCCGUCUACUUUUACCACAGUGUGGUUCAUGUGUAGGGAAUGUAUUGUUCUUGUAAUCAUGAUUUUUGGAUGUCCUUUAAUGUCGAAUAAACGAUUAUUUAAAACUGUG